AUGGAUGGCCUCGAUGAGUUUGAGAAAGCUCUAGCAGAGGAGAAGAAAGCUAGAGAAAAGGCAGAGAAGCACAGCAAUCGAGAUAAAGAUCGAGAACGAGGGAAGCAUCGACACCGACAUAAAUCGACACACGAACGAAGCCGUGACCACGACCGUGAUGAUCACAGACACAAGCGAUCUAGGCAUUCCAGGGACCGGGAGGAGGAGGAAGAUCAUCGAAAGAAUCACAAGCAUGCGAAAAUAUCAGAUCCUCACGAGGAUUUACCAAUUCCCGACGAUGAGAAACCUCUUUCUACGCCCACCGUCUCUCGCGAUUCAUGGAUGGAAGCUCCUUCAGCUCUCGAUAUUGAUUAUACACAGAAAGGGGUCAAGAAAGUUGUUAAGGCACCUCCAACAAAGCCAGACUACGAUUUGAAGAUUCACAAGAACGAGCUCAAUCAUCAUUUACAAGACUUAGCGGACGGCAAGAAGCUAGAGGACAUUGAGGACGAGCAUGAAGUAGAGUAUACUUUUGGGGAUUCAGGGUCUCAAUGGCGGAUGACGAAGCUUAAAGCCGUGUAUACACAAGCGGAAGAAAGUGGUCGAUCCGUGGAGGAAAUUGCUAUAGAGCGAUUUGGUAGCUUGCGCGAAUUCGACGAUGCUAGAGAGGAGCAAAUCGAAGUUGAUAGGAGACAGCUUCACGGUGAAGGCUAUGUAGGCAAAGAUAAGCCGAGUGGGGAACUCUUCCAGGAACGGAAAAUGGACCUAGGAAUUCGACGAAACCAUGAACAAGCACAUGACACCAGCGACUUGCCGCCACAAGGGACUAUUAUGGAGGAGAAACCAGCUCCAGCAACAACAGCCGUCUUGGACCUUACCACUCUCAAUCGAAUGAAGGCUCAGCUCAUGAAAGCAAAGCUCAAGAAUAAUCCAGAUGUUGCACAGCUCGAGCAACAGUAUAACGAAGCGAUGGCUAAUUUCUCAUCUUAUCCCUCCGAUCCUGGUGUUGUGGUACUGGGGAAGAUGGACAAUCGUAUGUUAGCUGGAAUUCGUGGCGAAGUCAAAGCCAUUGAUAACAAGCGUGGUCGGGAGCGAGGCCUGGUAGAGGAGAACGAAGACAUGAGCAUCGAGGAUAUGGUUCGUGAAGAAAGACGAACAAAGGGGCAGGCGGGCGGUGAAAGUAUGCGGGCUGCUGAGCGUAUUGCGAAGGAUGCGAAGUUCGAUGAUGACCUCGAUUAUAUGGACGACAAUGCCAAUAAGCUGGCCAAACGAGUCCAAAAGUCGGAGAUCAACUUGAAGAACGCAGCAGUCGGUGACUUUCAGAAAAUGAACAGGAUCUUGGAUUCCUGCCAGCUGUGUCACCAUGAAGACAAGAACCAACCUCCCAUCGCUCCGCUUAUAUCUCUAGCUACCAGAGUCUAUUUAACUCUACCCACUGAACCGGAACUUAGUGAAGGUGGUGCAGUCAUUGUUCCAAUCCAGCACAGAACGAAUCUUCUGGAGUGCGACGAUGAUGAAUGGGAAGAGAUCCGAAAUUUCAUGAAGUGCUUGACACGGAUGUACCAUGAUCAAGGCCGAGAUGUUGUGUUCUACGAGAACGCUGCCGCACCGCAUCGAAAAAUGCACGCGGCUAUGCAGGCAGUGCCUCUGCCUUAUAGUCUUGGCGAGACGGCUCCAGCCUUUUUCAAGGAGGCCAUCCUCUCUGCUGACGAAGAAUGGACACAGCAUAGAAAGCUGAUAGAUACAGCUGCACAAUCACGAAAUGGGAUGGGUAAGUCCGCUUUCAGAAGGUCUCUCGUCAAAGAGAUGCCAUAUUUUCAUGCAUGGUUCGAUUUGGAUGGUGGACUGGGCCACAUUGUCGAAGACUCGAACCGAUGGCCCAAAGGAGACCUGUUUGCUCGGGAAAUCAUUGGCGGCAUGCUUGAUAUUGAGCCUGAUGUGAUCAAGAGACAAGGCCGUUGGGUGCGAGGGGACAAGCGGUUGGAAGGGUUCAAGGCCCGAUGGCGUAAGUUCGACUGGACAAGAGUCCUCACGGAUGGCUAG